GAAUGCCACGAAAGAAAGACAAAAAAUCUCCUGCCAGUGUGGGAGAUCCAACCGAUGGCAAACCGCUGCCGCCCAAUAUAUUUCUAUAUAUACAGCUGGCCAGUGUGGAAACGGUGCCAGAUUUUUUCGGUCCAUUGGAAAUUCAUUUGGAUCAAGGCGGUAGUCUUCUUCUUAAAUGUGUCGAACACUAUAAUGAUGAAGGAAUCAUAACACAGGAAGAGUUCUCAUCCAAGCCGACAUUUACGCUGAUAUUCCAGCAGGACAAUCUAGACCGAAUCAAUCAUGCAUCCGACAAUCCAUUGCUUAUUAAGCUGUAUAUGCGCAAGACUGAAGAACCGAUACACUAUGAGGACGAGGAGAUGCAAUUGGAAAUGGAGACAUCCGAAUUAUUGUCUACGCUAAUAGAUAAAGUCGAUAUUGUUCCCAACGAAAGUGAUGAACUUGAUCACUAUGAGCCUAAAGUCGAGAUGAUCCUCUUGUCUGUGGGCUAUCUCGAUAUAAUUAAGUUAUUUGGCCAUCACCGGUGUAUGCUGCACGAACAACUCUAUCUCUAUCCAGUGCCCGAUUGCCCACCAAAACUGCGCUACACAAUAAUAACCGAAUGGCAUCUGUAUACUCUCGUGCCCAUUGUCAAGGAAGUGUCCUUUACUAACAUGGCCUUCGUGAUAUUCGAGUCGAUCUACAACUUGAAGGACGAUUAUAUCAUUGAUACGGAGUCUUUGAAUGUACAGUUGAGCUUUCGAUCUAUGCAGCCUGUAGAUCGUUCUGAGUAUCAUGUGAUACCCUUGUGUAGCUUUAACUUAUUCACUGAACGCUGCAUCGCUGAACAAGCAACUUUUCAUGUAUUCGAAUACUUUCGCCAGACUGUGCCCGAUAGCUGCGGCAUUGGACUCAAGUCCAGCAUGGGCGUGGAGAUGCAUAAGCUAUUUUCUCAGCUAAUGCGAUCGGAGGAUAUGGAUGUCAAUUUUGAUCUGAUCAAUGUGAAAGAGGAUAACGCUCUGAUCUGCAAUACCUUCCAUCGCUAUAUACUCACCAAAGGCAUGUCAGAUACACUGUUCAUGGCAUUCGCUUGGCGGCGAUAUGUCAUUGCUGUCGACGUCUUCAAUAUGAUUCCAAUGGAGAAAAAGGAGGGCAAGCGUGUGGUUACAGCAAUGGUCAAUAAGAAAAUUUUCUCAGGCGUACUAGAUCCAGCCAUUCUACUCUACCCUGAUGUGCGCGGAAUGCGCUUCGCUGUGGAACUGAAAUACUUGGGCGUGAGAAAGAAGCCAGUCAAGCUCAAGCCGGGAAGCUUAUUAAGUAUUACUAAUCCAUCCAAUCGAUUAACCCAACAGUUAGAAGUGGAUAUGCCCACGUUUGCCAUAAUCAAUCUAUGCCAAUUGGCCCCAUUGGGACAGGUGUACGAUGAGCUGAAAACGUUCCACACUAGUUUCAUUAGCCAAAAUCGUUUGCUUUUCUGCAAAAAUAAGCUAAUCGAAGUGCCCUUAUUGCCAUUGAGUGAUAUUCAGCGUUUGGCCUAUGCCGAUUUCGAUUCCUUCAUACGGGAGACGAUCCGCUAUAUACUCGACAAACGGAUAUUCAACGUGCAGCAGAAACGAAAUCACUUCUGUUGCGAAUUACAGAAUCUAUCCAAUAUUUUGCUGAAAGUUGUCGGAAGUGAUUUCAAUACGCGCAUGCGCACCAGCUCGAAUGUCGAGUUUUCCAAUCUGUGUGCCAUUGCACACAAUGAGCUGGAGCAACGCAUUCACAAUCUGCUGGAGAAGAUGGAAGAUGAGGGCCUCCACGAGAUCGUUAUAGACAGAGCGAUUCAAGAGGAGAAACUAAUGGAUCAUUUGAAUACCAUCAAAAUUAUGAGGGCCGUUGGGGAUCUGCGCAUGGGCACUUUGUUCCUCAAUAAGGUCACUGGCUGGCUAUGUGGCAAUAUGAAUGAUAAGUUCUUCGCAGCGCGUCCAGAAAACUCAAACAAGUAUGUGAAUCUAUUUGAGUUCUUUGAUUUGAUCAGCAAAGUGGAGCAUGGCGAAUAUGCAGCAGCCAAAGCCUAUUUCAAGACGCAGAAAGUCCUAUCGGUUGACCACGAAUACUCUGUUGGUUGGAUACGCAUUUACCUGGACUAUGUGGCCACACGGGAUGACCCAGAGCCGACAGUGUCGACCAAUGCGAAUGAGUGCCUAUUGAACAGCAUAACACUCUAUGCGGAGCACUGCUCCAACCGGCCAGAUGGCUGGAUAUUGCUCUAUUGCUACUAUAAGAGAUUCAACUAUGCACCUGGCUAUUCCUAUGCUCGCUGGCGUCUCGAGAACUAUGAGAAGAGGACAACUGAGCAGACUACGGCGUCGCCGCAGAGCCUUUGGUCCAUCAUGCUAAAUCACUGUCCGCGAUUUGACCGUCAGCGCAGCUACAGUUUCUACGAAACCUUUAGGAUGUUUGUGUGCUUGGGCCUGUACGAGUUCGCUCAGGUCGUGUGGGAGGACGUGCAGGACGAUUGCAGCCUAGCGGACAACUAUAUGAUAAGCACACAACUGAAGAUCUUUCUCAAUCAACUGGAGGAGGACUUUGAAACGCAGACAUUCUCAUUCGAGGACGUUGAUGAUGAGGAUCUGCUGGCCGGCUUCAACGCCCAACUCAAUGGCAAUGUAGAAUAUCAUCGUGGUAAUAUGGAUCUUGCGGCCGAAUUUUAUACAAAGAAUUUGCCAGAGGAAGGCGCCCCUGUUCCCGCACGAGAUGAUUUCAUGAUCAGCAAAUUGCGUCUGGCCUACAUCGCCUAUGAGGCGGGUGACUAUCAGUUGACCAUCAAUGCCCUGAAUCUGCCUAAAGUGGGCCGGCUGAUACCAUUGAUCACCAGCUAUUUAAUGGGCAAGGCCUACUACAAACUGGAUGAUAUUAGCAAGGCCAUGGAGUGCUUCAUUAACUGCACCAAAUUUGCUGAGCAUGUGCCCGACGUUUGGGGCUUUCUGGCUCUGAUCAAUCUCCAAAUGGGCAACAACAUGAAUGCCAUCUCAUGCUGGAAAUAUGCUAGAGCUGAUCCCACCAGAAAUAUCACAGAUGAGACCAUCUACACCGAGCUGGACAUGAUCGAUAUUGACAGCGUGGAUCUUUAUAUUGAUAUGGUUAGUCCCAAUAAUAGCAUCGCAUCAUUUCAAGGCGAUGAGGAUGAAGAUUAGCAUCGUAUAUCAUAUCAUAAUUGUCUCAGAAACGAAUAAA